AUGUCCGUCCUCGAAAGAGAGAUCUCACUUGCCCCACGCCCAAUAAAGAAGUGCGAUGGCGCAAAAAUAAGGUCUCGUUCACAUGCUAGAAACACCAUUGCAGUACCACCGUCAGCUAUGCACGAAUACCGCCAGCCUUACCAUGACCAGCCAGCUUCAAUAGAGCACAGGAAUACAUUCUUACCUUCUGUCUAUGGAGUUCCCCGAGCCUCACUCUACGGAUCUCAAGGCAAUUCGCAAACCACAAUUUCUACUGACAUGGACCAAUCCCUAUCACUCACUCAGCGAAAAUCAAACAUAGGAUCACAAAAUAGCCUACAGAACGCCUUCUAUUUUGCAUGUGUUUUGCUGCCGUUAAGCUGUUGGUACACACAUGUAAGCAAACAGGCUGUUUCGGAAAAAGAUACAACUGAGACGAAAAUCGUUUAA